AUGGCUUGGGGUUUUAGCAAGCAACCCCAAGCAGACGACAACGACGAUGACGCUACAAAUAAAGCAUCCCAUAGCGACGACCUUGCUCUCCGCCGAAAACUAAACCCAGAACUGCAAAAACUUAUUGACCGUGAAGAUGAACUCCUGGACCAGUUUUAUGAUGGCUACGCUGUGGAUUCCACCGAUACCAAAUACCGAUACGCAGCAUACACGAACCGCAUCCGCACUAUCCUCCUCUCCGCGCAUCGUUAUGUCGCUUAUACCUCCGACAUUGGCGAAUCCUUCCGCCCCGUCGCGCAUCCCUGGCUCGUCCGCAGUGCAUAUGGUAUUUCCUGGGCUUACAUAUUAGGCGAUGUUGCUAACGAAGGCUACAAAGCCUAUCUGCGGAACAUGCGAGUGUUAGCCCCGGCAUGUGAUGCGUAUCACAAUGCGACUGGAACUAUGUCAAGUGGGCUAGCGGUUGAUGCAGUGGCGAGACGCAAGCUCCAACAUAAAAGCCAGUCAACCGAGCAGGAGGAAACGUUCAACUCGACAACAUCUAGGGCACAUCCGCUGCCCUGGCCGGAUCCGGAGGAGGAUACCCUGCUGCCUUGGCGGACGACGAAGAUUCCCUUGGUGGAAGAUUAUCGGGCUGUCAUGGCUGAACGCGCUGUUUUCCAGGCAGUGGCUAGUAUGGGUUUACCUGCAUUGACGAUCCAUUCUGUGGUGAAGUAUUCUGGGCGUGCGUUUAGGGGGGCGAAGAAUACUAUGAUUCGCACAUGGCUGCCGAUUGGGCUCGGUCUUGCCGUUGUCCCGUUCCUGCCUUACAUAUUCGAUAAGCCUGUCGAACGCGGUGUGCAGUGGGCGUUCCACAAUGCGUUCCGUGGUAUCGAAGGUGGACAGGCUGUAGCGCCCCUUGCUGAAGAUAAUAGCCAGACAACCUCCGUGAUUUUUUCGAAUCUGGAGCAACACCGUGAGCAGAAGAAGCAGCAAAGGGCCAUGCGAAAACGGGAGCAAGAGAAGAGUGAGAGUUCGGGUGGUGGGUUCCAGAAAAAUCUCCUUUCAUAUAUCCGAUUUUAUCUCCUGAUUUCGAAUUUCUCUCAUGGCAUGUACUGCAAAUUUAUCAUCAAAUAUAAAUGA